AUGAGUACUCUGGCUACUCGUCCCAUCACCCACUCGCUACACUACAGUCAAGAGGUUUUGAACCGUGUUUCAUUUUUGAGGAAAGACCCACAGUUCAUUGAAGAGGCUUUAACUCAUGCAGAAACUGUAUUUAUUCCAUUCGAGGACUACAUGCCGUUCAUUAACGAACGGGAUGGCGUCAUGGUGCGUUUGCACCGCAAGGAACUUGACGAGGUUGUAGCACAGCAAAAUCUCACACGCAAUUUGGUGUUUUUGGGGUUAUCGUUGUCAGCCAAAUCCAACUUUGUUUAUAGUGCCAGAUACCGUGGUACUCCUACUUUUGCACUCAAUGUGUCGAGCUAUAAUUCAAACACCCCACAGCUGCGGGACUUGCUGAACAAUUACCGAAAACUUGAGUCUUUCAAAGAUCUGAACCGCCUCACGUUGGAAGAAUCGAGUAUUGUUUCUCAGGCCAGAAUGUACUUGCAAUGGCUUGACACCCACAAAUUCUGCUCGAUUUGCGGUUCCAAGACUCUAGCCGUGGAUGCUGGUACGAGACUACACUGUGCAAACACCGAAUGCGUAUCCAAUCACCGUGUAUCCAACGUUUGCUUUCCCAGAACCGAUCCCGUUGUCAUCAGCGCCAUCACAAACCGCGAUAACACCAAAGUACUGCUGUGCAGAUCUGGGGCUCCCAGAAACAAGGAGCGUAAACUCUACAGCUGUGUGAGCGGCUUUGUAGACCCUAGCGAGACCCUUGAGGUUGCCGUUGCCCGCGAAAUUUGGGAAGAGACCGGUCUCAACACCGACAAAGUGCAGAUACUGAUGAGUCAGCCUUGGCCAUUUCCUAACAACCUCAUGAUCGGUUGUGUGGCCGUCGCAGACGAAACCCAGACUCCAGAUCUGACACACGACCGCGAACUGGACGAGGUGCGCUGGGUUCCUUGUUCCGUGCUGGAAUCCAUUCUCAAACAAGAAGAAUCUGCUACGGGGUUCAUUCAGGACGAAAGUACGGGGCUGAACCUACCCAACAACAAGUCUGUCGCUUACAUGCUGAUGAACUACAUUGUUGGUCAGAGCAAAGCCACAAGUGCUGUGUCCAACUAA